GGAGCGGAGUCAAUCAGAGAAAUCGGACUCUCUUCAAACUUUGACGCAGACAGGAGCCGAACCAGCUUUCCAACAGGUAUCGGUAUGGAAUACGUUGAAAAGAUCUUUGAAGUGGCAAGGAUUAUUAACUCUCUCUGCAAUGAGGUGAAAAUGAAUCACAAGCGAUGCGACCGUUUAAAGAAACGAAUUGAAUCUCUCUUAGAAGUUGUAAAGGCUAUUCAAAGGGAGGAACUGGAUGAUGGAUUAACAAAGCUUCUGAAGGAGAUGAUGGAAAUUCUAGAGAGCGCAAGAGAUUGUAUCAAGUCUUUCACCAACAAGCAUCGUUUUUCAAAAGUCUUCAAGGCCUUUGAGAUCAGGGAGGAGUUUAAUCAUCUGAAUGAAAGACUGAAUGAUGCUGCAGUGGCCUUGGACCUCGCCUUACAUAGUGAACAAACAAAAAUGCUUCUGACUAUCUUUAAAGGAAACCAGAGGAAGAAGGAAGACAAGCAAGAUAUUGAGGAAGAUCAGAAAUUUCUAAACUUGCUUGAAAAGAAAUUAGAGGAAGCAUUGCAUUCAGUGGAGGAGAGAAUGCAGCAGGCUGUGGAGACUUUGCAUGAUGACCUGGGAGAAGUUAAAAUGAAUCUGAAAGAUAUCCAACGUAUAAUGGAGGCCUACCAAUCGAAAACUUCUGUUCACCCAGUGCAGGGAAUUCUGGAAUUAAACCCAGAGAGCAUUGAAAUAGAGAGCAAGCCCUUUCUGAAAACUAACAAUUACAGAUAUUACAAAGGAACGUUGCACAAAUUUCCAGUAGCCAUUAAACGUUUUGUUAAUGCUGGAUCAUCCAAUGUGGAGAAAAUACGCAAUGUUUUUCACAAAGAGGCUGAGACCAUGAAGCACUUUGAAUCCCCAAAUAUCGUGCGAAUUUAUGGAAUCUGCAUUGAUCAAAGGGGUGCCACCCCUGAGUUCCUGAUUGUGAUGGAGUAUUGUGAGCUGGGGUGCCUGCGCAGCGUUCUGGAAGGCAAGUGGCAUCUCAGCUGGCAGAGUCGUGUUCACAUGGCACUGGAUGCUGCCAGUGGCUUGUACAGGUUGCACCAAUCAACUGAGAAGUUCAAACUUCACUGUUCUAUUGACAGCACCAGAUUCCUGGUUGACCACGGCCUCCGAGUGAAGCUGGGGGGCAUGGACUUAGCCAAGACGGAGACCUCCAUCCAACAAAUUGACACCUCAAGCCAGAAAUCCCAGUUGCUACCGUACAUCUCACCACAACAAAUGAGUGACAUCAAUUACAAGUAUGACAAACCCUGUGAGGUGUACAGUUUCGGGAUUGUUCUUUGGGAGAUUGCCAGCCGUAAAGCACCAUUCAAAGGUUUCAGCAAUCAAGAAAUCCAUAACAAAGUCUGCGAGAAACGAGUCCGUGAGCCUCUGCCAAGUGACUGUCCCAAAGACCUUUGUGAGCUGAUCGACGAAUGCCGUGCCUUUGACCCCUUUGAGCGUCCAAAAGCUGGAGCUAUCAUUGACAGGCUGAAGAAUAUCCUGAAGAGAAUUACUGAAGCCACUAAAGAAGCGAGGAAUUGACUCCUGCGGGGACUCGACACUUGCUCGGCAAGCUCCAGGCAAUUGCAUUUGCCCAGGCAUUCUACAUACUUCAUUUGUGCAACUUGAAUUUGGCUUUGUGCAACACUGAUUCAUUAAUGUCUGUGAGCUCUGCUUUCCCAGUCAUUAAAGAGGAAACAUCAAAAAUGAAGUGU